ACAAGAAGAACCGUAAAACCCUAAGUCCCUAAAAUGUCUCUCACUGAUCUACGGAGUAACUCCCAGGAACAGAUUUAGUAGUGGAUGAUGACCCCACUUGCCUCAAAAUCGUAGUGAAGGACCGCUGAAAGCCUGAAACUGUCUCUAUAUGGAGAUACUUGUAUAGUUGUUAUGCUUAUAGGUGCUUUACGAGCUAUAGCAUUGUAUUCGAGAGGAGGGUUUUGUGACAUUGGGCGACCUAUCGUUGUUGGUAAUAAUACCAUUGGCAAUCAAGGCUGUUUUAGAACAAUGAGAGAAGUUGGACUUGAUGGUGGUUCUAGAUUGUAUGAUUCUGAAUCUGACAGAGAGUCUUGUGUGCUACGACCAGUUUCUGUGAGCUCGGAUAAGAAAGAUACUUCCUCAAAUGUUCAAUCGACCCCGGAAAUUGAGAAAAAGUAUGUUCAUCGAGUUUAUGAUGCAAUUGCUCCUCAUUUCAGUUCCACUAGGUUUGCCAAGUGGCCGAAAGUGUCUGCUUUCUUGAAUUCAUUGCCUGUGGGUUCACUUAUUUUGGAUGCGGGUUGUGGAAAUGGCAAAUACUUGGGGUUGAAUCCAAAUUGUUUAUUUAUUGGAUGUGAUAUUAGUGCUCCACUUAUCAAUAUAUGUGCGGAUAGGGGACAUGAGGUGUUAGUUGCAGAUGCUGUAAAUCUGCCUUAUCGAACUUGUUAUGGCGAUGCUGCAAUUUCAAUUGCUGUCCUACAUCACUUAAGUACAGAAAAUAGGAGGAGAAAAGCCGUAGAAGAACUAGUGCGCAUAGUUAAAAAGGGAGGCUUUGUAUUGAUUACAGUUUGGGCUAGGGAACAGGAAGAUGGAUCAUUGGUUAACAAAUGGACACCACUUACAGAGAAGUAUUUGGAGGAAUGGGUAGCGCCAAGCAGUCCUCGGAUUCGCAAUCCUUCUUCUCCUCGGACUCUAGCAAGCAUCCCAGAGACUGAGGAAAAUGGCUCGGGAGUGAAAAGCUUUUUAAAUAAUAAAUCAGCUGAAAUUUCACAUUCAGAAGUUCAUGAUAGAGGAGGUCAUUUGGAUUCUGGAAUUGAAAAUGCUGAGCAACAGGAAUACUUUGUUCCUUGGCAUUUACCUUAUCAUAGAGCUGAAGUAAGCGGGGCUUCUGCUUGUGCCCUCGCAAGUGGCCUGGCAAAGAAAGAUGAUAAAAAGGGUGCAGUUGUGUAUAACAGAUAUUACCAUGUUUUUAGUGAAGGUGAACUAGAAAGGUUGGUGUCUGGUUUGGAUAAUGCUGUCAUUGUUGAUAGAUUCUAUGAUAAAUCAAAUUGGUGCAUCAUACUCGAGAAGACAUCCUGAUAAAGUGACGCCAUACAAUACGAUGACAAUAAGACUACAUAGAUGUGUUCUGAGAUUUGGGUGAUUGAACAGCAUGCUAAUCUUUGCUGGGGUGAGGAGUCAUUGCAGGCUUUUGAACCAAGACCAGCACAUCCAUCCAUUAGUCAAUAAAACUACUGAAGGGAGCUGUUUUUAUUAUGGGAGACUUCUUUUAUGCUUCUCUCCUGCCUGUAUUGUCUGAAUGUACUCUCUCCCGCUUGUGAUUUUGUGAUCCAUUUCAAUUAUCAUGCACUCUGUAUGUUGGUUUGAAAUUUUCUACAGAUUAUUUUAGUAGUUUGGCUUAUGUUCUUCAUAAUCACUUGUAUUUUGUUGGCAAAUGAAGCUGUGACUUUCUGGGUUUCC